ACCACCUUCUCAUAUAUCUUUCUCAUAAUACUCGUACUACUUUUGUUUGAUGAUCGAAUCAUCGUAAUUUUAUUCUCAAUUGUGUUCAAGUUGUUCAUUUUCCGGAAGAAAUCGAGAUGGCGUCAAAUGGAAAUGGAAAUGCGACCGUCGCGAAAGGAAAUGGAGUGUCGGGUGGAAGGAACGGGCUGCCAAAAAUAUCGACACAAAAGAGGCAGAGUGGGAUAUGUCAUGAUGAUAGUUCGGCCCCGGUGAAGGCACAAACGAUUGAUGAGUUACAUUCUCUCCAAAAGAAGAAAUCGGCACCGACAACACCUUUGGAUGGUGUUCAAGGUGCUUUUGCAAAUAUGUCCGAAGAGGAACGCCAUAAACAACAGCUUCAGUCCAUCAGUGCAUCAUUAGCAUCCCUGACUCGAGAAACUGGACCCAAAUUGGUUCGUGGAGACCCAGCCCGAAGACCGGAGACCCCUCGAGUGUCACAUGCCCCUGAACACCAUUUCGCACCAACAUUUUCGGCUAGUGACAGCUCUCUCAAAUUCACCCAUGUCCUCUACAAUCUCUCCCCUGCUGAGUUAUACGAGCAGGCGAUCCAGUAUGAAAAAGGAUCAUUCAUAACGUCGAGCGGUGCAUUGGCUACCUUAUCUGGUGCCAAAACUGGCCGCUCGCCAAAGGAUAAGCGUGUCGUUAGAGAUGACACCACUGAGGAUGAGCUCUGGUGGGGCAAAGGUUCACCAAAUAUCGAAAUGGAUGAGCAGACCUUCUUGGUUAACAGAGAAAGAGCUGUUGAUUAUUUGAAUUCUUUGGAAAAGGUGUUUGUGAAUGAUCAGUUCUUGAACUGGGAUCCAGAGAACCGAAUCAAAGUUCGAAUUGUGUCUGCAAGAGCUUAUCACUCUCUGUUCAUGCACAACAUGUGCAUCCGACCCACAGCUGAAGAGCUGGAGAAUUUCGGUACUCCAGACUUCACUAUCUACAAUGCUGGCCAAUUUCCAUGUAAUCGUUACACACACUACAUGACUUCCUCCACUAGCAUAGAUUUAAACCUUGGUAGACGAGAAAUGGUCAUCCUCGGCACACAAUACGCCGGGGAAAUGAAGAAAGGUCUCUUUGGUGUCAUGCAUUAUCUCAUGCCUAAACGCCAAAUCCUGUCCCUUCAUUCUGGAUGCAAUAUGGGCAAAGAUGGAGAUGUUGCCCUCUUCUUUGGUCUCUCAGGUACUGGGAAGACAACUUUGUCUACUGACCAUAACCGAUACUUGAUCGGAGAUGAUGAGCAUUGUUGGAGUGACAAGGGGGUGUCCAAUAUCGAAGGUGGAUGUUAUGCCAAGUGUAUUGAUCUUUCAAGGGAGAAAGAACCUGAUAUUUGGAAUGCCAUUAAAUUCGGGACUGUGCUGGAAAAUGUUGUAUUUGAUGAGCAUACCAGGGAAGUGGAUUAUCUAGACAAAUCCGUCACAGAGAAUACUCGUGCUGCAUACCCCAUUGAGUACAUUCCAAAUGCCAAGAUUCCGUGUGUCGGUCCACACCCUAAGAAUGUCAUUCUCUUGGCAUGUGAUGCAUUUGGUGUGCUCCCACCAGUCAGCAAGCUAAACCUUGCUCAGACUAUGUAUCACUUCAUUAGUGGCUAUACGGCACUGGUGGCUGGCACUGAGGAAGGUGUAAAGGAGCCACGGGCAACGUUUUCAGCCUGUUUUGGUGCAGCGUUCAUUAUGCUACACCCAACAAAAUAUGCAGCAAUGCUUGCUACCAAGAUGGAGAAACAUGGUGCUACUGGAUGGCUUGUUAACACUGGCUGGUCAGGCGGCAGUUAUGGUUCUGGAAGUCGUAUGAAACUGGCAUACACUCGUAAAAUCAUUGAUGCCAUUCAUUCUGGACAACUUUUGAAUGCAAACUACAAGAAAACAGAAGUAUUUGGGCUGGAGAUCCCAACUGAGGUCGAGGGAGUGCCUUCCGAGAUUCUUGAUCCAGUGAACACUUGGUCGGACAAGAAUGCAUACAAGGAGACAUUGUUGAAGCUGGGUGGGCUGUUCAAGAACAACUUCGAAGUGUUUACGGACCAUAAAAUUGGCAAGAAUGAUAAGCUGACUAAGGAAAUUCUUGCUGCUGGUCCGAACUUUUAAUAUCAUCCUCAGGGUCUGAGUGUUGAACAAAGAAGUGAAUGGUGGUAAAAAGCUAGAAAUUAAGGCUUUGUUAGCCUAACAUACAACAUUUAUAUAUUAAUCUAGUUGUAUGUUGUUAUUUAUUUAGAGUAGUAAGUGUAUUUGUCAUUUUCAACUGGAUUGUACUCUUUAUAUAUCAAAUCAAAAGAGCCAUUCACUUUAUAUUA